AUGGAUGAUCGUCAUUUGCACCCACCGUUGUUUAAAACUGCUUUCAUUGUGAUAGAUUUGGGAAAUGAAAACUACUCGGUACCUUUAGAAGAUGAGUUUGAAGUGCCAGAAGAACGUCGGAAUGUGCGACUGAGAGUGGAUGAUCAGGGGCCUCGAGAUGUACUCAUGGGGGAUGGAUUAUCCAUGGAUCCUUACCACGUGAUGUCCCUACUGUACGAUGAUGAUAUUGGUAGGGGUUUGAAAUUUUUGGGAUACUGGAUGGAGGCGAUGAUGCAUCGCUUGUCGAUAGCGCUCCCGGUUGGAGCUUCUGUUUAUGACUCCUACAUUCCGACAUGGGAGGAGCGUUAG